AUGCGGUCUGCCCGUGGAUCAGCCGACCAGGGCACAUUCCCGUCAUCCUGGGACACCCAGUACCAGUACAACUGGCUGCUGUUCGGUUACUCACUGGCCCCACGCACUUUCUCAAAGCGCUGUGGACAACCUGCUGCUGUGGGCUCGGUCAUGGGACGAGGCGGUGGUGCAGAUUGUCAGGCACACCUGUCUCACCUGGGUUUUACAAGGAACUGGAAGAAAUUUCUCAUGUCUCAUUGCCUACACCGUGUCGUCAUUGAGAAAACACUAAUAUUCAAGGUUGAAGAGCAGUUUACCCACCACGGCGUCAUCGAUCACCAUGCUACCCUUGGCCCCUACAACACUGCCCAUCUGAUCACAUUCCUGGACACCCUACACAACACACUUGUUCCACCAGAUCAGAUAGACGGCCAAGAGCAGUUCAGGCAGCUCCACACCCCCACCAACCUCCUCCUCCUCUCUCUGGCUGUCUCAGACUUCCUUGUGGGCCUCCUUGUGAUGCCGUUUCAAAUCCUCUCAACAGAGCCCUGCUGGCUCCUGGGUGACCUGGUGUGUGUUCUGUAUCAUUUUAUACCCAUAAUCACUCUCUCUGCCUCAGUGGUAAACAUGGUGCUCAUAUCAGUCGACCGUUAUGUGGCUAUCUGUGACCCUCUGCACUACCCCACCAAAAUCACUGCAAAGAGAGUUCAAAUCUGGGUUUUCCUGUGUUGGGGUUACUCUGUUUUUUACAGUGUUGUGCUUUUAUAUGAUAACCUGAAACAACCAGGAAUGUAUAAUUCCUGCUAUGGAGAAUGUGUGAUUAACGUAAUAGGAGUUGUUGACCUUAUUUUCAGCUUCAUCAUUCCCAUCACUGCCAUCAUCAUUCUGUAUGUGAGAGUGUUUGCAGUGGCUGUGUCUCAGGCUCGUGCCAUGCGCUCCCACAUUACAGCAGUCAACCUGAAGCGAUCAGCGACUGUAACAGCUAAGAAAUCUGAGCUGAAAGCAGCCAGGAGUCUUGGUGUUGUUGUUGCUGUGUUUCUCAUGUGUUACUGUCCAUUUUACUGUGUCUCUCUCUCAGGCUACGAACUUGUAAUUGGUUCUUCAACUGAGGUUCUUAUGAUAUUUGUGGUACUGUUUAACUCCUGCCUAAACCCUUUGAUCUACGCAUUUUUCUACCCCUGGUUUAGAAAAUCUGUUAAACUCAUUGUUACACUUCAGAUACUGCAGCCUCACUCCUGUGGGGCCAACAUACUGUAGAGAGAGACUGUGGAGUGACUGACACGAGACACAUGAGCUUUUCUGUGAAGGAGGAAAUUAUGUGCUGUUGCAGAGUCACUGAAGUGAUGAGGACCUAUUCUGAACAAAUACACAAAUGCUGUCAUAAUCUUUAUUUUAUUAAUCUUGUAAGCAUAUAUGUUACGCAAAUACUCUCUGUUGUAACUUUCUUCAUCGCAAUUCAUUGACAGACUUUUCUCCAGUUAUUAAACUUUGAAUAAUCAAUCACAGUGAUAAUCACCACAAUGAACGGAAACACAUUUAUUUUCCAACAGUCCAAUGUCAAGUUA